UGGGGCGAUAUGUAUAUGGUAUUGUAAGCACACACAUUGGUGUUUAAUACCUAGGUUCGUUUCUAGGGAGGACACAACCUUGGGCCGAAUGCCCACUUAUUCCAGGAGGAUUUAGAUAGGCGAAUCAUUUUUACGCGGCAGUGGGCGUUGCAUCAACCCAGCCUGGUUGUUGGGGCGAGGUCCAAAUGAAUUUCUUUGAGGUAUUUUGGUCAUAAUUUAUAGGACUAUGUCACAUUGCAUAUAACAAUAAAGACAUGGAUGGAACAUAGUUACCAAACAUCUGUGCCCAGUAAUUCACAGGACAAAGAUUGUAUUUCUGAAGCUCACCAGAAAUUGUGGCAAUGAUGGAGACAUCAGAGACAGCAAUAUCAGCCAAUCUCCAUGCAGUCAAACUGCAAAAGGAGCUGGAGCGGAUGGAGAAGGUGCGUGAGGUGCUGCGUGCCAGCGACCAGCUGACGCAGGGCAUGACCGGCAUUCUGGACUCGUUCGAGCGGCGGCUGGCCAGCCUCGAGCAGACCGUGCUGCCCGUCUACCACGAGACGGGCAACCUGCAGCGACGCAAGCAGAACGUUGAGAAAACGCUGAGUCGUUUCGAUCACGUCAUAUCGUACUACAACGUCAGCAAAGAAGUGGACCCGAUCAUCCGCAAUGGUCCGGCCGCGACCAACACGGAGACGUACCUGAUGGCCAUGGCGCGGCUGCAGGACGCGCUCACGUUCUUCCAGUCCAACAAUUCGCAGUCGGUGGAGCUGGAGAACGUCAUGCUGCUCUUCACCACGGGUAUGGAGCUGCUGAACAAGGAGUUCAACGACCUGGUGUCCAAGUACAGCAAACAGCUGCAGCCGGUGGCAGUUCUGGACCUGCUGGAGAAGGACGACGGUCAAGGACCGCCGUCGGAGAGCUACGUGUUCGACAUCCCCGAGAACGUGAUGCUGGACGUGCGGCUGAUCGCCAACUGGCUCUCCAGCCACAACAGCGACGCCUACAUGAGCUCGUACGCCCGCCUGCGUGCUGGCAUCAUCGUCCGGACGAUCCAAGCGCUAAAGAAGCACCACAAGUCCCGCAGCAACACCAGCGCCAAGUCGAGCGACACGCAGUCGCCGGCCGGUCUCGGCCAGAUGUCGCGGUCGCGUGCGGACCUGACGCCGCUGGGCGGGGGCCGGCCGCGCGCGCCGCGCAGGAUCGCCAGCCGGCUGGAGAAGAAGGCCAACCGGAUGCUGCAGCGGGCGCACAAGUCACUGUCGCAGGCUGGGGUGCAGCUGGGCACCGCUCCAUCCCGCACCCAGCAGGAUCACUUGGAAGACCUGAUUGACGAGCACGAGGUGGACGCGUACCUGACCACGACGUCGGCGCUGUUGCGCCUCUUCAGCUACGAGCUGGCGCAGCUGACGCCGCUGGUGCCGCAGCACCAGCUGAAGCGCGUCUUCCAGGCCAUCAUUCAGGACGCGCUGGAUCUGGUGGUCCGCGACGGGGAGGCGAUGGCGGGCCGGGCGCGACGCAGCAUCGCGCGCCAGGACUUCGCGCCGGUGCUCAACCUCUUCCCGCUGGUGUCGCACCUGAUGGCGAUGCGGGGCGACUUUGAACGCACCCUGCAGGGCUGCGAUCCCACCGUGCGCAACCGCAUCUCGGGCAUCGUGGACGUCCUCCACCAGACGUGCGUCAAGUCGCUGGACGACUUCAUGGAGUGGGUGAUGAACGACCCGGAUCGGCAGCUGCCCCGCGACGGCACCGUCCACCAGCGCGCCUCCAACGUCGUCAUGUUCUGCGACCAGCUGGUGGAAUACACGGACACGGUGGGCUGGAUGCUGUGCCAGCACGCCAACUACGACAUCGUCACCACGUCGCGCGUCGACAAGAACAAGGCGCUGCUCGGCGUCUACAUCAAGAAGGUGCUCUCGGCGCUGGGCCAGUCCCUGGCGAACGCCUCCGAACAGUACAGUGACCCGUAUUUGCGGGCGGUCUUCCGGCUGAACAACUACCACUACAUCCUGCGGUGUACGCAGCACUCGGGCCUGCUCGAGCUGGUCUCGCUCUCUGAGCCCGGUGCUGAAGGCGCCUACAGCACGCUGAUAAUGGAACAGAAGCGGCUCUACUCCCAGAGCUGGAGCCGCGUGCUGCAGGCCAUGACUUUUACCGAGGACAUCCCGUCCUUCCGUCUGGACAUCGACAAACUCUCGGACAAAGAGAAGCAAGCUAUCAAGGAGAAGUUUGCCGCGUUUAACCGUGAGAUGGAGGAGCUGUGUCGACUGCAGCGCGAGUACUCCAUACCCGACGUUCAGCUGCGCGAGUCGCUCAAGCGUGACAACAAGGAGUUCGUGCUGCCGAAGUACGCCAGCUUUUACGACAGAUACGGCAGCGUGACGUUUUCCAAGAACAAGGACAAGUACGUGCGCUACACGCCGGCGCAAAUCUCAGCCAUGAUCGAUAGCUUCUUUGACACAGCCGCCUAAGUCGGUCGCCAGCUGCCAGGAGUCCACCUGCGUGCGCUGGAGUCGGCUCGAGUCGGCCGCCGGCCGUCAGGAGCCCACCUGCGUGCGCUGGAGUCGGCUCGAGUCGGCCGCCGGCUGUCAGGAGUCCACCUGCGUGCGCUGGAGUCGGCUCGAGUCGGCCGCCGGCUGUCAAGAGCCCACCUGCGUGCGCUGGAGUCGGCUCGAGUCGGCCGCCGGCUGUCAGAGCCCACCUGCGUGCGCUGGAGUCGGCUCGAGUCGGCCGCCGGCUGUCAGGAGCCCACCUGCGUGCGCUGGAGUCGGCUCGAGUCGGCCGCCGGCUGU